AUGAAUAGCUAUGGUCCUCCGUAUUUGUACAUGCCCUCCGCAUCUCCCCGAGCACCGUCUCAGAGAACUCCCAAAUGCGCUCGGUGUCGGAACCACGGGGUGCUGUCCUGGCUGAAAGGCCACAAGCGUUACUGCCGCUUCAAAGACUGUACUUGCGACAAGUGCAUCCUCAUCCUGGAGAGACAGCGGGUCAUGGCGGCACAGGUGGCCCUCAGGAGGCAGCAAAGCAACGAGAAUCCUUGCAAUCUGGUUCUUCCCGAGGAUUAUAGAGCUACUUACCCAGCCCCCGAGAGACUCGAGGACUCGCCCCCUCCGGAUAGUUUAUACUCAAGAGACAGAGGUAGAAACAGACCAGAGGAGACGACGGCUCCUGACUCUCUGCGACAACGACCAGAUGAAUAUGAAGAUGCAGAAGGAAAUGUUAAUGAGAAGAAGCAAACGAACAUGAUCGAAAAUGAUGUGGAAGAGUUGGUUUCACCCACAGAUACCCAAAAUAGUGAUGCACCAUCACCACUGGCGGAGUCAAGCAAUGAUGCAGAGCAAAAGAAAGAAGAUAUGGUACAGCUUAAAGAUGCCACCAGAUAUAAUUUCAAAGACAUCAAGAAGCUCUUGAAGUCUGAAGAUGUACUUAAGGACAUGUCCCCUGCAGGGGAAUUCAAAAGGCCUCCUAUUGAGGUUCUGACAAAAAUAUUUCCAAACCAGAAACAGUCUGUGUUGGAGCUGGUACUGAAAGGGUGCAAUGAUGACUUGGUUUCAGCAAUUGAAACCUUAUUGUCCAGUAAUGCUAGGAGAAGGGGAAGUCCGCAGAAUUGCAAGGACAUAGCUGACUACAACUCUGGUCACUAUCCUUUAUCCUCCACAGCUUGGUCAUUGAGCUCUGCCUUUAGGUCCCCAUCUGAUCCAUUCCAGGCAGCCCCCAACAACCAUAGUGUUGUGGCAAGUUUGCCUCAUCUAAAUCAAACGGUUACACAACCUAGCCAUUACCCAGUGCCAACCCUUUUCAGACCAACUUUGUCUGGAAAUCACCCCUUUGUUUCUAGUGAGUUUGCCCUAUGGAGCACAAUGACAUUCCAGCACCCUAGUCUGAGGCAACAAUUUACCUCCCUGGCUCACUCUACUAGUGCCCUGUUGGGGAGCACAACAAUGGUCCUACCUGCCCCAAAGGAGAGUUCCCAAAAAACAGCUGUCUGUGAUGGAAAAGUGGCAGAAAAAUCUUUAAAAGCACUUGGUGAAAGGCAAGAAGGUAAAACCUAG